UCUGUAAGGGCGGCUCAUUGUCUAUAACGAUGAACAUAAUAAUUGCUCUUCUGUGUGUUCUGACAAAUCAGGUCAUAAGCCAAACCGAAGAUAUUUUUCCUGCAAAGAUCCUGGCCCAGCAGACAAUUAUAAGUGAAAACAGUGACCUUUAUGUAACAUGCACCACACUUGGGAGAAAGAAAGACUCAAGUGUCCAUGUUUAUUUGUUAGUAAAUGGGUGCGGAAUCCAGAAUCUCACCCAGAAACAAGAUCAAAGUGACACCCUGUUCACCAUAUCCAGAGCUAGUCUUAAUCACAGUGGAAAUUACAGCUGUGUUUAUUCCCCGAAUCAUUAUACACUUUCUGAAGUAGCCAAGAAAGGAGACAACAGCAUUGAGAUUCUGGUCAUAGCCAACUUUCUCCCAGCAGAUAUUUCAAUAGUUGGGUCAUCCACUGUUCAUGAGGGAGACUAUGUUGAAUUCCAGUGCACAGUGUCUCAACACCUACAUACACUUGGUGGAUGUAAAUUCAUCUACGCUUACCUGAGGAAGAAUGUCACGAUUCUCCAAGUGCAAGUCUUUAAUGUCUCUCAGAUGCUGACAACAUUCAUCAUCGAUGGUGCAGUUUUGAGGGAUUCAGGUCAUUACAGCUGCAUAGUGCUGCCAUCAAAAUGCUUCUAUGAGCAUGAGCACACAGUUCAUGGAACAAACAAAGUAUUUCUUCAGGUCAAAGUGGAUUUCAUCUCUCUGGGGUUACUGCGUUAUGGAGUGAUAACCUUGAUGGUAUUACUGGUGGCGUCCCUUUGUGGAUCAAACAAACAGGCAAAUGCACACAUGCUGAGGAAAUGACGGGAUGAGAG